AUGUCGUCGGGAGACGAAGCGGACCUACUCAAUAUAGAUUACUCGGGCGCGAAACGCAAGUUCGAGCCGGAGAGUCCCAUAGAAUCUAAGAGAUCUUGCAAGGACUUCGAUGACACGUCCACAGAAUCACUCGCUCGUACUGUUGCUAGGGAUGUUCUGAGACAACGCUUUGGCAUGGAGGCGUUCAGGCUUCAGCAAGAGAGAGCAAUCACGAGAUUACUUGAAGGCGAUAGCUGCGUUAUCAUCUUCCCUACAGGCGGGGGUAAAUCACUUUGUUAUCAGAUUCCAGCCCUCUGCUUCAAGAUUCUAGACACAAAGAAGGGGGAGCGACAAGGUCCUGCCGAGCAAGGCAUAACCCUGGUGGUCUCUCCACUCAUCGCCCUCAUGAAAGAUCAAGUUGAUGCACUUCGCCGUAGAGGUAUCAGUGCCGCUGUUCUGGAUUCCACUAAGUCUCGAGAGGAAUACUUAGCAACUGUUGAUUCUAUGCGCAACGGGACUCUGGACAUACUUUACUGUGCUCCCGAGAGAUUGAACAAUGAGGGUUUUGUGGCUAGUAUGGCGAACGUCCGGGGUGGCGUACGACUGCUUGCAGUCGACGAAGCUCACUGCAUAUCCGAAUGGGGCCACUCUUUUCGCCCCGAUUACUUGAAGAUAGCAAGAUUCUAUCGAGAAAUUCACGCCGAGAGGGUAGUCUGCUUGACUGCAACUGCCACACCGGCUGUUGCCGAUGAUGUCCGCCGAGCUUUCGAUAUUCCUGAAGCCGGUCUCUUUCGUACAUCUACCUAUAGGUCUAACUUACACCUAUACGCACAGUCGUACAUGACCAAGAAAGAAUCUUACCCUCAACUUCGAGCUUUCUUGAAGGCUCACCCAGGGUCGACCAUCAUUUAUGUAACUCUACAGAAACAAGCAGAAGAGCUGGCAGACCAAUUGCGCUCGCACAAGUUCAAGACCAGACACUUCCAUGCGGGGCUGAGACCAGACGAGAAGACUACUUGUCAAGAGGCCUUUAUGGCUUCAAAAGAUAUGGUCGUCGUUGCUACCAUCGCGUUUGGUAUGGGGAUCGACAAGGCCGACAUUCGCAAUGUGAUCCACUACGCAGCACCGUCCAGCUUGGAGUCUUACAGCCAAGAAAUUGGCAGAGCAGGCAGGGACGGAAAGGUGAGUCAUUGUCUGUUGUUCUUGUGUGCCGAUGAUCUGCAUCUGCGGGAGUCAUUUGCGCGAGGGGAUCUCCCAAGCAAAAGCAGCGUGGCCCGACUUUUACGUGAGGUCUUAUCAUUGAAACCUUCCGCGCCACCUGAAAAUCAUAUCGAGGCCAAUCUCUAUCAGCAAGGGAGGGAAUUCGACAUCAAGGCAAAUGCGCUUGGAAACAUUUAUGCUCAGUUAGAACUUCGCUUCGAUCUUCUGCGAGCUACUACGCCAAAAUACACCAAAUACAGCUAUAAGCAACUGAAGAAUACAGACUGGGACAAGUCGCCAGCGGCCACUGCCCUACGCAAGAUUACGAAGAAGGCAAUCUCAAAUCACAAUGUGGACAUGGAAUCUGCAUACCCGAAAACUGGAAUGCCACGAGCCGAGCUUAUAUCAAAACUCAACGCCUGGAACGAUGAAAAUUUCAUACAGCUGACGGCCGGUGGUGUGGUGAAUGUAUUUCGCGUCAGCCAACCCAGUGAAUGGCCCCCAAAUACGAAUGCGAGCCAGGAAAUCAUCGAUGCACUCUACAAGGACAUGGAGAUGCGUGAAGUGCAGGAGCUCAAGCGUAUGGAUCAAGUCGUGAGGUUGAUCUCAGACAAGGCCUGUUUCUCAAGGAAGCUUGCCGAACACUUCGGCGACUCUCUGCCCGGGAACGCUCAGGAGUGUGGUCACUGUACAUGGUGUGAAACCCACAAAGCUGUCGAGCAGUUUACUCCACCCGGUGCGUCGUGGGACGGCCCAGCGUUUCUGAAAGUCCUCGAGGCUUGCCCAGAACGAGACGAUCCGCGAUACCUUGCCCGGGUUGCAUUUGGGAUUGGCAGUCCGCGCGUCACGAUGGCGAAGCUGAGCAAAAGUUCCGUUUUUGGCUCGGUAAGUGGAAUCUGA